AUGUCGCGGAGAGCGGCUGCCGGCAGCGCAGCGGCUGGAGGGGUGGAAUCCCCUGAGGGAGGGUCGUCCAUGGAGAGCGCCAAGGAGGACACCGGCAUCUUGGCGCUUGAAGAUGAGAGGCUGGAUCCGGAAAUGAGUGAUUCAGGGGUGCUGGCACUGGCGGAGGGGCCACCCACUACAUAUGGUCCCCAACGACGUGAUGAUCGGAGGCGAGAUGGCAAAGGACCUUCAGGAGGAGAGGACGCAGCCGUGGACCUACGAGAGGUCUUGAAGGCAGUGAUGAACCAGAAUUCGAUGCUCAAGCGAGAGUUGGCGGACCUCAAGAAGAAGAUCGACGACUCCACCAAGGAGAAGGAGAAGGUGUCUCGGGAUUUCAAGGACCUCCUCCGGUACCAGAGUCGUGGCUUGGGGCGCUUCAGGUUGGAAGUCAUGGGACUGGAUGUUUGGGUCAUGAUCCAAAGGAGCAUCUGGGAACAUCCAGGACAUGCUGGAGGGUUUGGACCUGGACGCGGAGGCCUACCAGACUGCGCAGUUCGAGACGGAGAUCUUGGAAAGGGCUCGCCUCUAGAGCAAGCGGCUCAGUCGGUGCUUCGACAGCUGGGAACUGGAAGCCAUGAGGGCAGCUGGGGAGAGGUGAUCAGGUCGGUCGAACUGCCGGCCCUUCAGAAACUUCGUGAAGGAGAGCUGCAGGGAUCGCUAGUGCUGGGCGACUGGAUUCAGCUCAUCUCACCGACUAUGUGGGAUUUGAGUGCGACCUCGUGGAGAUGGUGGGAGGAAGUUCUGCAGCUGGCCAUGGCAGCGUAUCGGGAUUGGCUCCGGGCUGAACCAGUUCAGAUUCAACGGCUCCACAUCAAACCACAGGUUGCUUCCAACUGGUUGAACCCGGAGACGGUGGAGCUAUUGAGAGGAUGGCGGAGGAGCUUGAAGCGGGCUCAGGAGCUGGAGAUCGCGACACCUGACUCGACGCUGCUGCUUGGAGCAUUGGACAAGAUGUCCGAGAAGGUUGUGAAGGCCGAGUCCUUGGCGAUCAGUGAACUGCAGCCCCAGACGGAAGUCAAGGUGACGACACCCGUGACCAAGGUCAAGGCGAUGGUCGCAGUCGCGGAGGAGAAGGUGGAGAAGGGCACUGGCAAGACAAGACCGGAGGGUCAGAAGGAAGAGAGGAUAUGUCGCUUUUGGGGCACAGAAGAUGGCUGCAGAAAGGGGAACGACUGCAAGUUCAAGCGCGACUGGUCGGGGCUUGAGAAAAAGGGGAGAUGCUUUGGUUGCUGGGGCACAGGACACUCCAAGAAAGAGUGUCCCAAUUUGAAGCCCAGGAACAGGGAGUCCCCCGAGAAGCAGGCUGUCAAGUCCACCAAGGAGAAGAACCUCAACAACCUGGUGAAGGCAGAGACAGCGGAGUCUGGAGUCAAGGCCGGGACUGGGGAGGUGAUGGAUCAGGGCCUCUGCAGUGAAAGCGAAAGAGGAGCUGGGACAUCGGGAGAUGUGAAGGGUCUUCUGAAUGAAGCCACAACCUUGCUGAAGAGUUUGAGGCCGGCACCAUCAGUGAAGGCCAGCAGGCUUAGUAGCCUGGAAGUCAGAGAAGGUGGAAGAGCUCUUCUUGAUGGUGGGGCAACACACUGCUUGCGAAAAGCUGCAUCGGAAGAAGAGUGGCUGAGGGCUCAGGAGGUCAAUGUGGAGUUGGCCGCUGGGACAGCAGUGCUCAGGCUCCUUCCGUGGACACGGACUUUGCUGACGCAGGAGGACGUGCAGGUCAUCGUGCCCUUGGGUGUCCUCAUUUCGCUGGGCUAUGAGGCAGUCUGGGAAAAGGCCAGGUUCGAGCUCACAGAUCCGACGGGCCUGGUGUUGGACACGAAGGUGGAGAACUCGUGCCCCACUAUCGACGAGGCGCUGGCCCACGAGUUGAUCCAGGAGAUUGAGAGGAGCAUGGUGCGAGAAAGAGCACGGUUCGCCCAUCUGGCUGGUGAGGACAUAGGCCUAGAGGUGGAUCCGGAAGAAGCAGGGCAUCUGACGGAGCUGAAGAACCUCUUCCCACAGGUACCCCAUCACAUCUUGGAGCGACUGCUUCCGAAGAAGGGGUGGACGGGCGAAGGGUUGCCGUGGAAUCGGCAUGAGAGAAGGCGGGUCAGGAAAGCCAAGGAGGUCAUCAUCCAUCUCUUCAGUGGAGAUUCUCGGAAGUUCUGGCAGAAAGAACUGGAGGGGGAGAGUUGA